CUGAGUAGGAUCAGCAGCAGCAGCCAUGAAUGCCAUUGUGGUGCUGUGCCACUUCUGCGAGCUGCACGGCCCUCGCACCCUCUUCUGCACGGAGGUCUUGCACGCUCCUUUGCCGCAGGGCCCACCAGGGGGAGACAGCCCCGGGCAGAGCGAACUGGCGGAGGAUGAGGAAGGUGGCAUUCAGAUGAGCAGCAGGAUUCGCUCCCACAGCCCGGCCGAAGGCGCCAGUGUGGACUCCAGCAGCCCAGGGCCCAAGAAAUCGGACAUGUGUGAGGGUUGUCGCUCCCUUCCUGCCGGACAUCCGGGCUACAUCAGCCACGACAAGGAAACGUCGAUCAAGUACAUCAGCCACCAGCACCCCAGCCACCCCCAACUAUUCAGCGUUGUGCGCCAGGCCUGUGUGCGCAGCCUCAGCUGUGAAGUCUGUCCCGGACGGGAGGGUCCCAUCUUUUUCGGCGAUGAGCAACACGGUUUUGUCUUCAGCCACACCUUCUUCAUCAAGGACAGCCUGGCUCGGGGCUUCCAGCGCUGGUACAGCAUCAUCACCAUCAUGAUGGACCGUAUCUACCUCAUCAACUCGUGGCCUUUCCUCCUGGGGAAGAUCCGGGGCAUCGUGGACGAGCUGCAGGGCAAAGCUUUGAAGGUCUUUGAAGCUGAGCAGUACGGAUGUCCGCAGCGAGCCCAACGCAUGAAUACGGCCUUCACCCCAUUUCUGCAUCAGCGGAAUGGGAACGCUGCUCGCUCGCUGACUUCGCUCACCAACGACGAGAACCUGUGGGCUUGCCUUCACACUUCCUUUGCUUGGCUGCUGAAGGCCUGUGGCAGUAGACUCACGGAGAAGCUUCUGGAAGGGGCCCCAACAGAGGACACCUUGGUACAGAUGGAAAAACUUGCUGAUUUGGAGGAAGAGUCAGAAGCCUGGGACAACUCAGAGGAAGAAGAUGGAAAACCGACCAGCCAGAAGGAUGUCCGAGAAGGUUCUGGGCAAAUGAAGAACCAGGCCGAUUUCGGUCUUCUGGCAGAUUGCAGCAGUUGGAAUGGAACGAGUGGGAGUCAAUCUGUCUUCCGUUCCCUCCGGCAUUUGAGACAGGUCUUGGGAUCGUCAGCAUUCCGCAUGCUGGCCUGGCACGUUCUCAUGGGCAACCAGGUCAUCUGGAAAGCGCUGGAUCGAGACCUCAUCCACUCCGCCUUUGAUGUCCUGCGGACCAUGCUUCCGAUUGGCUGUGUCCGAAUCAUCCCGUAUAGCGACCAGUACGAGGAGGCUUACCGGUGUAACUUUUUGGGUCUCGGCCCUCAAGUGAAAAUCCCUCCUCACAUUUUGUCCUCUGAGUUCGCUGUCCUGGUGGAAGUUCGUCUGGCCACACGGUCAAGCCUUUAUCCCGUCCUUUUUGACGAAGACCAGCCCCUCAGUAAAUACGAGUUUGUGGUUACUAGCGGUAGCCCUCUGGCAGCAGACAGAGUUGGUCCGACCAUCCUGAACAAGAUUGAAGCUGCUCUGAUGAAUCAGAACCUCUCGGUCGAUGUGGUGGACCAGUGCCUCAUUUGCCUGAAGGAGGAGUGGAUGAA